AUGCCUCGUAAAAAUCCAAUUCCAUUAGCUGUAGCUCCUGUAGAAGCACUGCUUCCUCCUGUACCGCCUUCACCGAUAAUUCAGACUCUGCGCAAAGACUGGCGGUGGGCGGCUAUAUCUCAAUUCGUAUGGACUUUCUCAGAUGCGUUCGGCUUGGUAGAUUGGGACAUUGAGAACCUGGAAGCAGAUUUUGAUGGAGAUGAAAAAGCUUUAAUACCUACCUUAAUAGCGAAAUUACUAUUCGCUCUUACUUAUAAUAGGCAAAUCAAUCGCGACAACGCUUUUGAGAAUCUGCGGCGAACAUACGCGAAACGAAAACCAGAUGAUAAAUGCCUUUUGGGAACAGAGGAAGUACCGGUCUCAUGGGAUACAUUAGGUUUAAGUCAAAAGGUGCAAAUACUGCACGAGCUGUGUGAAUGGCAAUUGGAAGAUCCAGCCAGAUUCAGAGGGUUAUUGAAGUCCGAGGACGAUGCUGUAACUUGGCGAGUCGAACCUGUUGGAUGGGAUAAAGAUGGAAAUACAUAUUGGUUAUUUGACGAUAAUCGAUUGUGGAUACAACGAUUUCCACCACCUCCACCUACGCCUCCAAAACCUGCAAAGAAGACAAGUCAAAAAGCAAAGAAAGCAGCUAAAAAAUCACGACCUUCUAUUCCACUUUCCGCCAACAAGAAAUCGAAUAAAAGGAAAGAUAUGACACCUGAAUCAUCCCCUACACCACCACCUGCGGCCAAAGAAGAAGAAGUGUUAAGUGGAUCAAGGAGAAGGAAAUCAGUCAACUUUUAUGGAAAUCCAACUCCAACAGCUCAAGCCUUAAAACGAAAUCCAAUCACACCUCAUACGCCAUUAACGGGAGGAAGUACAUCUUCAAGGCCAACCCGAAGUAAUGCAAGAUUGAAUCAUAACCAAAACCCGAACGCGGAAACUUCAGAAAGCCCUUCAAAAACAAGUAAAACCACUCCUGCAUCCCUAGGAACGAGAGUAUCAAGAAGGUUGAGAAACGUUGAUGAUGAAUGGCAGCAAGUUCCUGAAGAUUGGUUGUCUACUCCUGCAAAGCCAAGAGGUAGAGCAAAAGGAAAGGGAAAGGGGAAGGCAAAGCAAGUAGACGGCGAGGGUGACGAGAGUGAGCUCAGUGAAUUAACAGAUGAAGAAGAACACGAAAGAUUGGUUUUAGCUAGUGGAGCUAGAAAGGCACAACGUACCAUCGAAAGUGAUCGAGACGAUGUAACAGGAACACGCCCAGAAGAAGACGAGCAGGAGGAAAAGAUGGAUGUGGAUUUGGAUGGGGAUAUGGAACAUCAGAACGGUGAUGGUUCAGAUGUGCAGAUCGACAUAGAUCAAGGUGAAAACGCGGAAGUGGAGGAUAAGCACACGGAUCAACCGGAAGAGAAAGUCAUAGAUGAGACCGAAAAGACAUCACCUCCCGCGGUAGAAGCAGCAGAAACCAAUGGACACACGUCUUCUCCUGUUGCCGCUCCAGAAACGAAAGAAGCUGAACCUCCAGCCGAUGCUAUUGAAGAGGACGAACAAACUAAUACCGCAAUGCCGAAAGAAGAAUCUGCUCCUGCCGCCGAUGAAAGUGAUGUAAGAGCUGUAAACGGAGAAAAUGGAGAUGGAAAUACGGUACACACCAACGGAGAAGUCGACAAGCAUGGUAUCAAAGCUGGUAGUAUUGAAGGCGAUGCAUCGAACGAUGAAAAAGCUAAAUUGGAAGAGGAAUUAGCGAAAGAGAUCAAAGCUGAACCCGUCAAAGAGAAGAGUGACCUUAUUCUAGCGUGGGAGGCUGAUCGAUCCCAUAUUCCCGCAGAGUUUGUUGAAUGGGAAACUGUGUGUGUCUCAUUGUACGAAUGGCGUACAUUCCCUGAACAAUUCGCCAAAUCAAAAGAUCUUGAUGAACAAGCUUUGUACUCUUUGUUGACCGAAGAAGUCGGGCCAACAAUUAUCACCAUACUUGUCGGAAAGGAACAAGAACGCCUCAAGCAAGAAGCAAUCAAUAACCGUAAGAGAUCAUCCAGGAUUGCUACACGUGAAUUAGAAAGGGAGGAGAUAUUGAAGCGAGAAGCGGCAGAAAGAGAAAUGGAAGAAAGGAUGGAAAAGAUCCGAUCAGAGGAGAUCAAGAAGCAAAAAGAGGAGGAAGAAGCCUUGGCCCGGGAAAAAGCAAGAGAUGAAAGACUGAGAGAAAGGGAAGAAAGAGCACAAGCGAGAGAAGAAGCAGUCAUCAAGAAAGCAGAAGAAGAGACUAGAGAACGAGAAAAAAGAGAAAGAAAAAGGGAGAAGAGAAAGAGGAGAAGAGAAGGCGAAGAGGUUUCAGAUGAUUCAGACGAUGAAAUUGAGCAACAUGAUCGGUCAUCACAAAGAGCAAGAACUAGGACUGGGACGGAGAAUGGUACUGAACCACCAAAUGAGAGAUGGGAACUGAACUGCGAGGUCUGUAAGAAAGUUGGAUGGAACAUUGACGAAGACCUAGAUUUGGUCUGCUGUGAUGAUUGUGGACGAUGGCAACACACUGAAUGUCAUGACCGACUUGAUAUAAGGGAAGGUAGAGGCAAGAGAAAUUGGGAUCAAGUUGAUUUCCAAUGCAAAGAAUGUCGACUUCGUGCCGCGCGGAACCGUCAGAGACACGAAACACAUCAACAGCAACCAUCACCUGUUGCUCAAAGUCAAACCAACGGACAUUCAAAUUCUCAUCCUCACCCACUAAGUCAAUCUUAUCCAGUCAUACCUGGCUCAGCUCCGCUUCCUCAAUCUCAAACACCCUUGAAUCCAGCUAGACCUCCUCCACCGCCUCUGAAUCCUGGAGAGUUCUAUUUACCAUAUCCGCAUCCCCCAGCGAAAGAAGAUAGACCAGCUGGCUACGCCGUGUUUUACCCUCCAAACCAAAAUGAACAACAACCACAAAGAUCGCCACCACAGACAGUGAAUCAAGGACCACAAGCUGAGCGGGUGCAGCGUGAUUAUUUACCUCAACAAUCAUCUAUACAAGUAAGUCGACCGAGCAGUGUUCAACAGAAUUAUCCGCCUCAAUCACAAUCAGCGAGUCACCAAAGUCAAUCUAGAAGCUCUCAUCAACUUCCGCACGUUCAUCCAUCUCAACAACAGGUGCCUCGUGGAAAUCCAGUCACAACCCAAUCUCUUACUCAUGCUCAACAGCCAACGGCUCACGCCUAUCACAGUUCUCAAAUAUCGCCUCCCACGCGACCUGCUCAUCAAGGUGGAUCACCUGCUCAUAACCCUUCAAUUUCUUAUCCCGCUCAUCCUACCUCCACAUUCCAAGCCAGGCCGUUACUUGCUCAAGCACUGCCUUCUCAAGCUAGACCUGCGCCGUCGUAUCCUACAUAUUCUCAUCAUGAGCAGAUUCCACCACAACCUGCUGGCCACAAUCCAUUACGAAAUGUUCACAGCUCGUCUGAUCAACAAGGUCAACAAGCCAUUCCUCGACCUCAAGUACAUGAGCAACAGCGAUCAGCAUAA